CCAUGGGAAUUCCGUGAGUUCCAUAAGACGCUCGCCAAAUGACUACUUUACACUACGAUACUGCAAGGAAGCUCCUUACUACAGUCAUUCCACGAGUAAAAGAUCCUGUUUAGGGGACUCAUGUACCUUAAAAGUUAUAGAAAGUUGGCCCUUCCAAAGGCUAUUUUACUCGAGAACGGACUACUACAAUUAUUACUCAACGCAUCACUACUCCAAUGGUCUACUGUGCUCUUGUCAAGCGUUUUUAUAUCGCCAUGACUUCCCCAUAUGGUAAGAGUGGAGCAUAUGGUCGACAUUGCGCAAUGCUGACUGCUUACAAGAACAGAAUACCAGUGAAAAACCUAAUACGAAAUCAGUGCCGUAUAUUCAUAAUGCGUGGCAACGUAAUUCCGCGUAAACUUCCUCUCACUGAAAGAUCCCAUUCAAUAGGAUAAAUGUGGGAAGAUUCUUAUGUCUGAAUAUAGUGUAUAGAUAGUAUGUAUUAUAUAUAUAACUUCAUACAUAUAUGCUGCACAUUUAAAGCUCCUACGGUAGUUACGUACCGCGCUUGAUUUCUGAGUUCAAGCACUAUAUUAUAUAUUCCUACAGGAAUCUCAUAGAAAUAUUACAAUUCCUCAUGUGAGGAUUAAGUGAAUAGUUUCACAUAUACGAGAGCACAGACUCUGUUAGCAAAACUAACAUAAGCAUAUAUUAUCUAAUCAUUAAUGAAAUUCAUAAUUUGUUAAAUAAUUUUUACUAGUGCAAAAAUUCUUUUGAAUCUCAGCAAAACCCUGUGGUUUCCCUUUCUUUAUUUUCUGCCGUGAAUAUAUUGUGAAUCUUUCGCUGAAACUAUGUCGAUUUAUGUUCAUGAGGUCUCGCCUUAGUAUUUUUUUUUUUAUUCUUUCUCGAAGCUCUGGCUGGUGUGCUGAGCUUAUUAAUAUAGAGGGUACAUUGUUCCCUGGAGUCAAGAGUAUUUCUGAGUUUAUGUAACGCGGCCCAAGUAGUACGACACGAGACGCGCUAACGUGCAGCAUUCCUCUGUGGAUAUACUGGAUUUCCCAUAAAGUUUAAAAGUUUUAAAUAAAUCAUCAAAUUUUAGCAUACCAGUGUUACAAUAUUUUUAGAGAACUUUCGUGUGGAUGACUGAUUAUUACUUUUUAUACAAAAAAAAAACAGCAGAUAGUUGUACACAAAAAUAUUUGUAUCAUGAGACAAAUGCUUCAGGAUGGAUACUAAAUUGAAAAUAUUAGCUGUCACCCUGGUGAGCUUGACGGUAGCAGGCGAAAAUUCCGAGUCUGAAAUAAUUGCAGAGGAUGGUUAUUAUUUAGACUCUGUGGAUGAGUAUUUAGCAGCUUCCUCAUCUGAGACCCUCGAGUGUCCUUCGACGAAUGUAAUUAGGACGCAAUAUAAAUGUAGGAGUUCGAAGAACGAGUGGGUCGACUGUUCGAGAAUGCAUUGCUGUCCGGAUUACACGCUUAUUGCAGGUCAUUGCAUUCCAAAAGGUACUGAUCCAUGCACCUUGGAUCUUUGUGAACAACGAUGCAGCAUUUUACUUCAGAGAGUUAUAUGCACGUGCUGGGAUGGGUACAGGUACAGUCCGGAUAGACAACGACAGGGAUUAAAGCCAGUUUGCAUUGAUAUAGAUGAGUGUGCCGAAGGCACUGCGGAUUGUGAACAAAUAUGUAAUAAUAAUCCUGGUGGUUUUUCUUGUGAUUGUCAAGAAGGAUUUUAUCUUCGAGCUGACAAUAAAACUUGCGAGUCAGCCGUCCUUGGGAAGUCUGCCAACGAGGAAGCUGUUGCUGCUGCAUCUAGAUGCUAUGCUAGCUGCGACACUGUACUCCGACUAAAUGACAAAAUUCGUAAACUCCAGGAGAAGAUGUCCGCUAUAGGAACUGCUAUUAGAUUGUCAAGUUAUUCUUCAGGUCCACCAGGUCCCAUGGGACCACCAGGACCACCGGGUCCUUCGGGACCACGAGGAUUUCCAGGGGACGAUGUCACAAUGGCAUCGGAGGGUUACUCUCGGAAUGGAGAUAAAUCCUACUCCAUUUUGAACACUUUUGUACCGGCUGAGAGUGGAUAUUGCAAAUGUCAACGGGGAUCAAUAGGCCCUACAGGUCCGCCUGGUGAAAAUGGGCAAAAGGGCGAGGCUGGUGAGCGAGGACCUAGGGGUCAGAAAGGUGCUGCAGGAAGCUUCGAUUUUUUGCUGCUACUCCUGGCAGACGUAAGACACGAUAUUGUCCUUUUGCAGGAAAAGGUUUUCCAAGGAGAAACUCCACCGAAAUUCGACUUCCAGACACUUUUAAAGAAGCACAGAUUCGCUAAGGACAAAAUUAAAUAUUCAAAAGUUCUGCGUCAUCAGAUCGAAGACUUCGAUGCACCAAAAAUUCUACAGUUUGCCGAUGAUACACUAGAAGAUGAAACGAUAGACUCUUCUGGCGAAGAAGUGGAUCAAUACGAUGAAUAAACUCGAGAAUUAUCAGGGAUUUACUGAUUCUGAAGGACAUAUACACCAUAAAAGUAUGGUAUAAUACGUAAACAACCCUAAUAAGCUGCAUCUUAUACCAAUAGAAUCAUUAUUUACAUCUAGAUGACACAUUCAACAUAAGUACUAAAUCUAUAAUAUGUUAUAUGUAUAUUUAUAUAUAUCGUAAGGUUUGUAUGUAAUACUGGUUCAAAAGGCGCUUGCGUUGGUACAGUGUCUACCAGGGUGUUCCGUAUUGGUCGAGAGCUCAGCCCAGGAUACUAACACCAGUAUCAAACACCUAUAGAGAGUAACGAGCCAGGGUGCGCCCCACGUAUACGGACUCAAAGGUCCAAAAGGAGGGGACGUUUCAGGGCGCUUGCGUUUGCAACAGUUUCUACUUGCAAAGGAACGUAGACCGAGUGCGCAUUGGUCGGGAUACCUUUCUAAGGGUGUAAAACUCCAGGUUUACUAACCACGCCCAUAUCCGUUUACCAUCCUAGCUUACAUAGUCACCAACCGAAAUACGUUAAUAUCUGACACAGACAGUCCACCUAUUUAGAAAUCAACUUCCUAAUCUGGAAAGACUAGUAUAUAAAUCCAUUGUGCUCUGAACAAUAGAAAACUGGUACAAUGUCUUGAAGUAGUAUUUAAAAAUUCUCUAAAUAAAUGACAAGUAGUUUAAGUGA